AUGGUUCCGGAUCGUGGGAACUACAUGUUGUUCCGUUCUCCUUGUGGGGCCUAUCAGCUCCCAGCUCCUUAUGUGUUCGGAUUGUUAGUCAGUCGUGGGUUCUGGUCCGAAGAAAGUCAAACUGGGGGCCCUAGAAGUCCGCUCGCCGACAAACGCGUGGAUAAAGACGCGGAGAGAAUAUAUUGGCCCAGUUUGGCAACACGUUUAAAGGCCCGCGUUCCAAUUGUGUCUUACCUUCACCUAAAUCGUACGAACACCUCACCACGGGAAGCUGUCGACGAGAAGCGUUCAGGCGCAACCACGGGAAGCUCUCCACGAGAAGCGUUCAGGCACAGCGGUAGCUACGCUUCACCCCGUUACGAAGCUUGGACUGAUACGUAUAGCUGGAGAAUCACAUCUCAACUCCGAUUAUCAGGUAUUACACAAUUAGCUCCUUCUAUUUUGAAUUCCCUUUUUGUUGUUCGCAAGAUCCAAAUUCCUUCAUGGCAACCUAUAUUUUUUUCUCUAAAUGCUGGUUAUUUAUAUCAUUGCUGCAGACAAGGCCAAUUGGGAUUCUGCCCAAACAAAGUUUUUGUUGAUCUUUGUGUCGAACAAUUAAAGGAAGGGCGUAGGCCUGGUUCACACUUCACCAAAGAAGGUUGGCAGAAGAUAGUUGCUGGUUUUUUUGAUAAAACCGGGAAGCGAUAUGAUCAACCACAGUUUAAGAACAAAUGGGAUAAUCUGAAGAAGGAGUACAAAUUGUGGAAGAAGCUGCGUAUUCAUGACACUGGGACUGGAUGGGACAAUGUUCGUAACACUAUUCUGGCGGACAAUGAUUGGUGGGAGAGAAGAAUUCAGGAAGACAAAAAGGUUGCCAAGUUUCGAAUCCAGGGACCUGAAAACCUUGAGCAGUUGGAGACACUCUUUGAUGGAAUUAUGGCCACUGGUGAAUUUGCAUUUUUUGCAGGAGCAUCAAACGAGAAUGCUGUGAACCAUAAUGAUCAAAUGCGAAAGUCAAGCAUAGGAGAAAAUGUGGAUUCUCUUCACAUCUCCUCUGAUUACUCUCCUGAUCCAGAGUUUGACAUCAACAUUGAGCAAAGUAAUGAAGUAACUAGCUCUCCCACUCCACCACUUCGUCAAGUUAGGAGGAGGUCAGGCACAUCAGGGACCCGUGGAAAGAAGAAGCGUAGGGCAUCUGCAUCUGACUAUCGCGAAGACAUUAGCAAGUCCUUGGGAAACUUAGUGUCUACUGUGAAUAGCCGAUCUCAUUCUAUAGCCAGUACCCCUGUUUCAGGUGCUAAAGCUGAAAUUGCUGAGUGUAUGCGUAUUCUAGAGGAAAUUCCAGAGACCGCUGAGAUGGGAGAUUUGCUUUUGUUUGCUCUGAAACUAUUCCAUAACAAAGACCACCGUGAGUACUUUACUGCAAUGUUACGCAGGGACUGGCAGCUUGCGUGGUUGAAGAUGAUGUACGAGGACGCACAGGGGGGUGGUGCAGGGGGCAGCAAAUGA